UCUAUUCCAUUAAGUCUAUUCAAAGUCACUGAGUCCACCCAAAGGGUCAUCUACUCCAUUGAAUCUAUGCAAUUGGUCAUUGACUCCAAAGGGUCAUUGAGUCCCUCCAAAGGGUCACCAAUUCCAUACCAUCAUCAUCUCCUCCAUUGAGUCCAUCCAAAGGGUCACCAAUUCCAUACCAUCAUCAUCUCCUCCAUUGAGUCCAUCCAAAGGGUCACCAAUUCCACACCAUCAUCAUCUCCUCCAUUGAGUCCAUCCAAAGGGUCACCAAUUCCAUACCAUCAUCAUCUCCUCCAUUGAGUCCAUCCAAAGGGUCACCAAUUCCACACCAUCAUCAUCUCCUCCAUUGAGUCCAUCCAAAGGGUCACCAAUUCCACACCAUCAUCAUCUCCUCCAUUGAGUCCAUCCAAAGGGUCACCAAUUCCAUACCAUCAUCAUCUCCUCCAUUGAGUCCAUCCAAAGGGUCACCAAUUCCAUACCAUCAUCAUCUCCUCCAUUGAGUCCAUCCAAAGGGUCACCAAUUCCACACCAUCAUCAUCUCCUCCAUUGAGUCCAUCCAAAGGGUCACCAAUUCCAUACCAUCAUCAUCUCCUCCAUUGAGUCCAUCCAAAGGGUCAUUGAAUGCAUCCGAAAGGUCAUCUAGUCCAUACCAAGGAUCAUCUACUUCAUGAAGUUUAUUCAAAGGGUCAUUGAGUCCACCCAAAGAGUCAUCUAGUUCAUUGAGUCCAUCCAAAGAGUUACUGAAUCCAUCCAAAGGACUGAGUCCUCCAAAAGGAUCAUCUAGUCCAUUGAGUCCAUCUAAAGGGUCAUCCAAUCCAUCCAAAGGGUCAUUGGGUCCCUCGAAAGGGCCAUAUAGUCCAUGGAGUCCAUCCAAAGGGCCAUAGAUUCUACACCAGAGUCAUCUACUCCCUCAACUGAGUCCUCCCUAAGGAUCAUCUAUUCCAUUGAGUCCAUCUAAAGGGUCAUCCAAUCCAUCCAAAAGGUCAUUGAGUCCCUCAAAAGGGCCAUAGAGUCCAUGGAGUCCUUCCAAAGGGCCAUAGAGUCUACACCAGGGUUAUCUACUCCUUUGAGUCCAUCCAAAGGGUCACCAGGAAGCCACCUGGACACUUCACCUUUUGAUAUUCUCCCUCCAGGUGCUGAUCCCCUCCUCCUGCCCCCACCAUGGAGUCGGCCAUCUUGGGGGAGACCCCCGAGGCGCCCGAGGACACCGCCCAGGCGAACGACUCCUUCCCUCUCUCCUCGUUGGCCAACCUUUUCGAGAGCGAGGAGGCCGAGCCGCCCGCCUCUUCGCCUCCGUCUUCGUCGAAAGGGGACGGGAAGCAGAACCUGCGGGCGCGGUUCCAGGGGGCCUUCCGGAAGGGGGUCCCCGGCCUGGAGACGACCCUCCUCUACGAGUCGGCCGUGGCCCCCGCCCCCAAGAAGGCCCCCAUGGACUCCCUCUUCGACUACGGCACCCAGAGGCACCCGCCCAACGACAGCCGGUGGAGGAGGAAGAGGGUGGGACUCGAGAAGAAGAAAGGCCCGGCCCCGGCUCCGCCCCCUAUAGUCCUGAAAGUCUUCACGCGGCCUUUGCUCUUUGACAUCGUGUCACGGGGCUGCGUGGACGACCUGGACGGCCUCCUGCCCUUCCUCUUGGCCAACAAGAAGCGCCUCACCGACGAGGAUUUUCGGGAGCCGUCGACGGGGAAGACGUGCCUCCCGAAGGCGCUCCUGAACCUACAGCACAACGGGAAGAACGACACCAUUCCAGUCUUGCUGGACGUUGCCGAGAAGACCGGGAACCGGGCAGAAUUCAUCAACGCACCCUUCCGCGACGUCUACUACCGGGGGCAAACCGCCUUGCACAUCGCCAUCGAGCGCCGCUGCAAGCAUUACGUGGAGCUUCUGGUGGAGAACGGGGCCGACGUCCACGCCCAGGCCAGGGGGAGGUUCUUCCAGCCCAAAAACGAGGGAGGAUACUUCUACUUUGGUGAGCUACCGUUGUCGUUGGCGGCCUGCACGAACCAGCCGGAGAUUGUGUGCUACCUGACGGAGAACAAGCACAAGGCGGCCGACCUGCGGCGCCAGGACUCACGGGGCCACACCGCCCUGCACGCCCUGGUGGCCGUGGCCGACAACACGCGCCCCAACACACGCUUCGUCACACGCAUGUACGACCGGCUCCUGGCCAAGUCGGCCCCGCUCUGCCCGCAGCAGGGCGGCCUCGAGUCCCUCCUCAACAACGAGGGCCUCUCCCCACUCAUGAUGGCCGCCAAGACCGGGAAGAUCGGGAUCUUCCAGCACAUCAUCCGCCGGGAGAUCCAGGAAGAAGGGGCUCGGCACCUCUCUAGGAAGUUCAAGGACUGGGCGUAUGGUCCCGUCUACUCCUCGCUCUAUGACCUUUCCUCCAUCGACACCUGCGGGGAGGAAGUCUCCGUCCUCGAGAUCCUCGUCUACAACAGCAACGUCGAGAACCGUCACGAGAUGCUGGCGGUGGAGCCCAUCAACGAGCUCCUGCGGGACAAGUGGCGCAAGUUCGGGGCCGUCUCCUUCUACAUCAGCGUCAUCUCCUACCUCAGCGCCAUGGUCAUCUUCACCCUCAUCGCCUACUACCGCCCCCUGGAGGGAACCCCUCCGUAUCCUUACGUCACCACCACGGAUUACCUUCGUUUGGCCGGAGAAAUCGUGACCCUUUUCACUGGCGUCCUCUUCUUCUUCACCAACAUCAAAGACCUCUUCAUGAAGAAAUGCCCCGGCGUGAACUCCUUCUUCAUCGACGGCUCCUUCCAGUUGCUCUACUUCAUCUACUCCGUCCUCGUCCUGGUGUCGGCCGCCUUGUACCUCUCCGGGGUGGAGGCCUACCUGGCCGUGAUGGUCUUCGCCUUGGUCUUGGGCUGGAUGAACGCCCUCUACUUCACCCGCGGCCUCAAGCUGACCGGGACCUACAGCAUCAUGAUCCAGAAGAUCCUCUUCAAGGACCUCUUCCGCUUCUUGUUGGUCUAUGUCCUCUUCAUGAUCGGCUACGCUUCAGCCUUGGUCUCCCUGUUGAACCCGUGCCCGAACGCCGACCGUUGUCCGAACUGCACGGCCCCGUCCUACCCGUCCUGCCGGGACAGCCGGACCUUCAGCACGUUCCUGCUGGACCUCUUCAAGCUGACCAUCGGGAUGGGCGACCUGGAGAUGAUCGAGAACGCCAAGUACCCGGGGGUCUUCGCCGUCCUGCUGGUCACCUACAUCAUCCUCACCUUCGUCCUCCUCCUCAACAUGCUCAUCGCCCUCAUGGGGGAGACCGUGGGGCAGGUCUCCAAGGAGAGCAAGCAGAUCUGGAAGCUCCAGUGGGCGACCACUAUCCUGGAUAUCGAGCGGUCCUUCCCUGUUUUCCUUCGCAAGGCCUUCCGGUCGGGAGAAAUGGUGACGGUGGGCAAGUCUCUGGACGGGACCCCCGACCGACGGUGGUGCUUCAGAGUGGACGAAGUCAAUUGGUCCCAUUGGAACCAGAACUUAGGCUUGAUCAACGAAGACCCGGGGAAGAACGAGACCUACCAGUAUCACGGCUUCUCCCAGACCGUAGGCAGGCUGCGCAGAGACCGGUGGUCAUCGGUGGUUCCACGUGCGGUCGAGCUGAACAAAGCGGCUUCGGCCACGGACCGAGACGUGGUCAUCCCGUUGGACCCAACGUCAACACAAGGCUCACGGAUCUAAAGACGUACAUAUGUAUGUGUAUAUAUAUAUAUAUAUAUAUAUACAUAUAUUUUUUAAAAAUGUAAUUAAUUUAUUU